CAAUUAUUUUGUUUGUUAGAUUGCUUGUUUGCACCACAGUUGGCUAAAUAUAAUUUCAUUGAAAGGUCGUUUGCUGCUGUUUUUGUUGGAACGAAUAAUAUUUUGUUUGGAAAUUAUGUCUUUCGAGCAAGAUAAACGUUCGAUGUACGAACGUCGCCGUAACAUCCUAUAUCUCGUUUCGCACUAUUUUUCCAUUGUGGGCCUCACUCAAUCUCGACAAGCUCUUCUAGACGAAACGCAUCUCACCGAAGAGUUUGAAGUCUGUGACAACAUCGACCUGGACACAAUCUACCAGGAAUAUUGCAGUUACUAUGCGCUGAAGUUCGGCAAACAGCCCAGAAUCGUCAAGAAAAACGAGUCUCACCCGCAACAAGCUACUCCUGCCCUGCCUCAACGUAAGCAAUCGGCCUACAAGAAACGCCAGCCACCAGCAGUAAAACCACAGCCUUUGUCGCCACGUGGCGAACCGGAACCAGAAAGUGAAGCUAAAUUUUUAGGCAAUCAUCUUACGGUGUCGCAGGUGAUAAAUCCGAAUCAAGCUUCGCCCUGCAAAACUAAAGAUGGCUGUGGUGUGGCUUCAGCAAAAGUUUCAGAGAAUGGUGCCGGCACUGGUGCAGUGGUGGUUCCCAAUCUGAGACCGUUUAUAAGGUUGCACGAAAAUUUCACUGCCGAGUGGAAGGAGCUCGCCGAUACGGUAUGCCGGGAUCUGAUUAAGAAGGACCUCCGCCAACGAUGGGAUCAAGUGAAAGGCCUAGAUCAACCGAUUGCUCUACUCAAGGAAAGUGUCAUCACUCCCCUUAAAUACCCGGAACUCUUCGUUGGGCUUACCAAACCGUGGCGCUGCAUUCUCCUCCAUGGACCACCCGGAACCGGUAAAACCAUGCUCGCUCGAACUCUCUGCUCGGAAACUCGUGAUUCGAUCACGUUCUUCAACGCCACUGCUAGUACUCUGAUUUCCAAGUGGCGCGGCGAAUCGGAGAAGCUCAUCCGUGUGCUGUACGAUGUGGCUCGAUUCUACGCGCCGUCGAUCAUUUUUAUCGAUGAAUUCGAUGGGUUGGCUUCGCGGAGGGACUCGAUCGGUGAACACGAAGCUUCCAAACGGUUCAAGAAUGAGUUUCUGGCCCUGAUCGACGGGUUAGAUGGUGGAACGGAUGAGGAGAGGGUAUUUCUGCUGGGUAGCACCAACAUACCGUGGGACAUUGAUCCGGCUUUUCUGAGGCGCUUCGAGAAGAAGAUAUUGAUCGAUGUGCCCAAUGGCGAAGGUCGGUUGGCUAUCGUUCACGAGUUGCUUCCGGUGACGACGGCGUGGGAUCGAAAGCAACUGGAGGAAGUGACAAAGAGGACGGAGAAUUUUACCGGAGAUGAAAUCAGGAUAGCCUGCAAGGAAGCUUCGAUGAUGAUGAUACGCGAGAGGAUCGAUAAAAACUGCGAGCUCAAUGGGAAAUCCUUCUCCCCACCAUCAACCGAAGAAGUGCAGUACGAGCAACUGAUGAGUGCCUUGCAGCAAAUCCAGCCGGCCACACUCGCUCUGAUUGAAAAACAUCGCGAGUGGAAUAAGAAGUAUGGAAACCAAUCAUGAGGAAAAUACUCGAAAUUAC